GUGCGGGCGACCGGCGUGCGGGCCGGCCGGCGUCGCGGGAGUCAGGCUCUGCGGCAGCCCGCUCCGCCGUCCGCGGAGGGGCCCGCGCAGUGCCCCGAGCUCGGCCCUGGGCGGGGGGUGCGGCGCGUUCGGCUGCGGGCAGCAGGCCCUGCAAGACCGGCCGCUCCGACGGGCAGCCCUCGGGCUCCGCAAGCUCGCGGGCAGGGGCGCGGGGCAGGGUAGCCGGCUGGUGCUCAACGGCGCGGGGACGGGACGCGGCGGGAGCCGCAGGUCGGCCCGCGCGCUUUGACGCACCGGGCGCCGCUGCGGCAGGAUGAAGCGCUGCUCGCCUCCGGUCGAGUUGUUUUUGCGAAAGCUGCUCCCGGUGCCCGGAGCGCUCAAGGUCUGAACUUCCCUCUGGAGCUGCAGUUGGAGGCGCACGGGGAAAGGCCACCAGCGGGCGACGGCGCCCGAGGGGAGCGCAGCGCAGCGCGCGGGGGACCCAAGACUCAGCGCGGCCGCGGCACGAGAAUCCCGGGAGCAUCAGGUACCCCUGACCUGGUUGGGAAAGGUUCCAAGAGCUCGGCAACAUGGCUUCCUCACCCCACCAGCAGCUGCUGCAUCACCAUAGCACCGAGGUGAGCUGCGACUCAAGCGGAGACAGCAACAGCGUGAGGGUCAAGAUCAACCCAAAGCAGCUGUCCUCCAACACCCACCCGAAGCACUGCAAGUACAGCAUCUCCUCCAGCUGUAGCAGCUCGGGAGACUCAGGGGGCCUUCCCCGGAGGGUUGGCGGCGGGGGUCGCCUGCGCAGACAGAAGAAGCUGCCCCAGCUGUUUGAGAGGGCCUCCAGCCGGUGGUGGGACCCCAAAUUCGACUCCGUGAACCUGGAGGAGGCCUGCCUGGAGCGCUGCUUUCCGCAGACCCAGCGCCGCUUCCGGUAUGCACUCUUUUACGUGGGCUUCGCCUGCCUUCUCUGGAGCAUCUAUUUCGCUGUCCACAUGAGAUCCAAAGUGCUUGUGAUGGUGGUCCCGGCUCUGUGCUUCCUGGUGGUGUGUGUGGGCUUUUUCCUGUUUACUUUCACCAAGCUGUACGCCCGGCAUUAUGCGUGGACCUCGCUGGCUCUCACCCUGCUGGUGUUCGCCCUGACCCUGGCUGCGCAGUUUCAGGUUUGGACACCUCUGUCAGGACGUGUUGACAGCUCCAAUCAGACUCUCACAGCCAAGCCGGCGGACACUUGCUUAUCUCAAGUGGGGAGUUUCUCCAUGUGCAUCGAAGUGCUCUUUUUACUCUACACGGUCAUGCAUUUACCUCUGUACCUGAGCUUGUUUUUGGGGGUGGUCUAUUCUGUCCUUUUUGAGACCUUCAGCUACCAUUUCCGAAAUGAAGACUGCUUCCCUUCCCCCGGCCCUGGAGCCCUGCACUGGGAGCUGCUGAGCAGAGCCCUGCUCCACGUGUGCAUUCACGCCAUCGGGAUCCAUCUGUUUGUCAUGUCCCAGGUGAGAUCCAGGAGCACCUUCCUCAAGGUGGGACAAUCCAUUAUGCACGGCAAAGAUCUGGAAGUGGAGAAAGCCCUGAAAGAGAGGAUGAUUCAUUCUGUGAUGCCGAGAAUCAUAGCCGAUGACUUAAUGAAACAAGGGGACGAGGAGAGCGAGAACUCCGUCAAGAGGCAUGCCACCUCCAGUCCCAAGAACAGGAAGAAGAAGUCCUCCAUACAGAAGGCACCCAUCGCCUUCCGCCCCUUUAAGAUGCAGCAGAUUGAGGAGGUCACUAUUUUAUUUGCAGACAUCGUGGGGUUCACCAAGAUGAGUGCCAACAAAUCUGCUCAUGCCUUGGUAGGGCUGCUCAAUGAUCUGUUUGGCCGCUUUGACCGGUUGUGUGAGGAGACCAAGUGUGAGAAGAUCAGCACUCUGGGAGACUGCUAUUACUGUGUGGCAGGGUGUCCCGAGCCCCGGGCAGACCAUGCCUACUGCUGCAUUGAAAUGGGCUUAGGCAUGAUAAAAGCCAUCGAGCAGUUCUGCCAGGAGAAGAAAGAGAUGGUGAACAUGCGUGUUGGGGUUCACACGGGGGCUGUCUUGUGUGGCAUCCUGGGCAUGAGGAGGUUUAAGUUUGACGUGUGGUCCAAUGAUGUGAACUUGGCUAAUCUCAUGGAGCAGCUGGGAGUGGCUGGGAAAGUUCAUAUAUCCGAGGCCACUGCAAAAUACUUAGACGACAGGUAUGAAAUGGAAGACGGGAGAGUGUUUGAGCGCCUCGGACAGAGUGUGGUCGCUGACCAGUUGAAAGGUUUGAAGACAUACCUGAUAUCGGGUCAGAGAGCCAAGGAGUCCCACUGCAGCUGUGCAGAGGCCCUGCUUUCUGGCUUUGAGGUCAUUGACGACUCACGGGCGUCCUCAGGCCCUAGGGCACAGGGGACAGCAUCGCCAGGGCGUGCCAGUGACUUGGCGCAGACUGUCAGAACCCUUGAUAACCUUAAGACUUGCUCUUCUUGUGGAAUCACAUUUGCUCCCAAAUCUGAAGCUGGUGCAGAAGGAGGAGCUGUGCAAAAUGGCUGUCAAGAUGAGCCUAAGACCAGCAGCAAGGUAACAAGUUCAUGGCUGUUGUUCCUGUCAGUACCUCUCCUGGCGCAUCCACCUAAGGCUUCUGGAGGACCCAACUCCAAAACCCAGAACGGACUCCUGAGCCCUCCCGCAGAGGAGCAGCUCACCAACAGCCAGACCUCCCUCUGUGAGAUACUGCAGGAGAAGGGGCGGUGGGCAGGUGUGAGCUUGGACCAGUCAGCUCUCCUCCCGCUCAGGUUCAAGAACAUCCGUGAGAAAACUGACGCCCACUUUGUUGAUGUCAUCAAAGAAGACAGCCUGAUGAAAGAUUAUUUCUUCAAGCCGCCCAUCAAUCAGUUCAGCCUGAACUUCCUGGACCAGGAGCUGGAGCGAUCCUACAGAACCAGCUACCAGGAAGAGGUCAUAAAGAACUCUCCUGUGAAGACGUUCGCCAGUGCCACCUUCAGCUCCCUUCUGGAUGUGUUUCUGUCAACCACAGUGUUCCUGAUUCUCUCCAUCACUUGCUUCCUAAAAUACGGCGCCACCGCCACCCCUCCCCCACCGGCUGCCCUGGCCGUCUUUGGUGCAGACCUGCUGCUGGACGUGCUUUCCCUCAUAGUGUCCAUCAGAAUGGUGUUUUUCCUAGAGGAUGUCAUGACGUGCACAAAGAGGCUGCUGGAAUGGAUCGCUGGCUGGCUCCCUCGACACUGCAUUGGGGCCAUCUUGGUGUCUCUUCCUGCCCUGGCUGUCUAUUCACACAUCACCUCUGAGUUUGAGACCAACAUACACUUCACCAUGUUCACUGGCUCUGCAGUGCUGGUGGCCGUUGUGCACUACUGUAACUUCUGCCAGCUCAGCUCCUGGAUGAGGUCCUCCCUGGCCACCAUCGUGGGGGCUGGGCCGCUGCUUCUGCUUUACAUCUCGCUGUGCCAGGACAGUUCCAUUGUGAUGUCACCCUUGGACUCAGCACAGAAUUUCAGUGCCGAGAGGAACCCAUGCAACAGCUCAGUGCUGCAGGACGACAGGAGGCCAGCCAGCCUCAUAGGCAAGGAGCUCAUCCUCACCUUCUUCCUCCUGCUCCUCUUGGUCUGGUUCCUGAACCGCGAGUUCGAGGUCAGCUACCGGCUGCACUAUCAUGGAGAUGUGGAGGCAGACCUACACCGCACCAAGAUCCAGAGCAUGCGAGACCAGGCUGACUGGCUGCUGCGGAACAUCAUCCCCUACCACGUGGCUGAGCAGCUCAAGGUCUCUCAGACCUACUCCAAGAACCACGACAGCGGGGGAGUGAUCUUUGCCAGCAUUGUCAACUUCAGUGAAUUCUAUGAGGAGAACUAUGAGGGGGGCAAGGAGUGCUACCGCGUCCUCAACGAGCUGAUCGGAGACUUUGAUGAGCUCCUGAGCAAGCCAGACUAUAAUAGCAUCGAGAAGAUCAAGACCAUCGGGGCCACAUACAUGGCAGCAUCGGGGCUGAACACGGCCCAGUGCCAGGAGGGUGGCCACCCACAGGAGCAUCUGCGCAUCCUCUUCGAGUUCGCCAAGGAGAUGAUGCGCGUGGUGGAUGACUUCAACAACAAUAUGUUAUGGUUCAACUUCAAGCUCAGGGUCGGCUUUAACCACGGGCCCCUCACGGCAGGUGUCAUCGGUACCACGAAGCUGCUGUAUGACAUCUGGGGGGACACCGUCAACAUCGCCAGCAGGAUGGACACCACCGGGGUUGAGUGCCGGAUCCAGGUGAGCGAAGAGAGCUACCGGGUCCUGAGCAAGAUGGGUUAUGACUUUGACUACCGCGGGACCGUGAAUGUCAAGGGGAAAGGGCAGAUGAAGACCUACCUUUACCCCAAGUGCAUGGACAACGGAGCGGUUCCCCAGCACCAGCUGUCCAUCUCCCCUGACAUCCGUGUCCAGGUGGACGGCAGCAUCGGGCGGUCUCCCACAGACGAGAUUGCCAACUUGGUGCCUUCUGUUCAGUAUUCCGACAAGGCUUCCCUGGGAUCUGAUGACAGCGCGCAGACCAAGGACGCGCACCUGUCUUCUAAGAGGCCCUGGAGGGAGCCAGUCAAAGCAGAGGAAAGGUUUCGAUUUGGCAAAGCCAUAGAAAAGGACGGCUGUGAAGACACGGGAGUAGAAGAGGCCAACGAACUCACCAAGCUCAACGUCUCUAAGAGUGUUUGAGGCAGCGCAGAGAGCUGCCGAGGUGCUCUGCUUGUCCAAACACGAUAAUAUCUGUAUCCAUAGGCUGUCGUGCUCCCCAGCACCUCAGUGUCUCCCCAGAUGUGGUGUCACGUGGUCAUUUCAGCCCUGAUCUCUGUGUGGAGCACAGUUAUUCAGGGUUCAUUUCCACCCAUUUCGGUUUUUCUUUACUCCCUUUCCCGGAAGCCUUUUCCUGGAAGCCUGCCCCCAGCCGGGGGUGCAUUCAGCAGUGUGGAGGAAUACAAGUGCCUUCAGGGUUUGGCCUCGCGUCUGGGGCUGAGGCCACAGGUGGAAUCAUGGCCCUGGGGAUUAUUUGACUUCUUUAAGAAAAAAAAAAAAAGGAAAAAAAAAAAGCUGUGGUUAAAAUACCAUUUUUAUUGCCUUUUCUCACAAGUUUUUUUUCCUCAUACAAUGUUUUCCAGUUUAUUUUUUCUAUAUAUGUAAUAGUAUUUUUCAGUCACCUGGCCUUUCUAAGCACAUACACGCACACACACUUGCAUUUAUGAAUCUGACAUAAAGUGCCAGUAACUCAUCUGGGGGAGGGGCUAGAAAAGGGAGCAGGGCCGGAAGCUCAGCAAAGCCCUCUCCUGGCAUCUCGCGCGGGUACCUGGGCCCACACUGCUGUGGCCCAUAAAUGGGCUUCCCCGCCCCCGCCCCUGGGCGGUUUCAGGGGCUCAUCUGCAGGCCAAGAUUUCACACGCUCACCGGGCACAAAGCUUACAAACCAGGCCUCAGGAAUCUCAAAGCCGUGUUUUCAUCCCGACCCCACACAGAGGGGUCUUCCAGCCAAGAGUGAAGAUGUCUGUCCCAGAAGCUGACCCAUCUGAGGAUGCAUUUAUUUAUUUAUUUAUUUAUCAAACCACGUGUAUUACGGGGAGGGGCCACCGGGCCGUUUUGGUGGAGGGAAGCAGUCAGAGAGGGGCCCGGGCAGUUUGCAAGGACACAGCCGGCCAAUGACAAGAUGUCCUUGUAUGUCACUUCUCAUCCACCGUGGCCCAUGGUGCCACCCAGGGUGCUCCCCCUUGUGGGGAUCCAGAAUACAAGUGGCUCGGCGCCUAGCGGGAUUCUGCAAACCUUUUGUCCGUUCCUCCCACUUGUUGGACUUCGCAGGUUGACUUGUGGUGGGAUUUAAUUCUGUUGGCCAAUUUAGACUCUUGAAAGGGGUUUCUUAUGGUGCACCGAGGGGGCAGAGCCAUCUGUUUUGCCAAAGGAGACACAGACAGCCGUCACAAAGACGCAGUUCGAGUUCCUGGCUGCUAACCUUGCUUGUAAUUAAAUUGUGUUCUUCCCUGUUGAGUCUCAAAUCGACACUGGGUGUGGCUCAGGCUACUGCUGACACCGCCAUCAUUUUUCCAGGUCAUGCUGGUGUGCAGCUCAUGAGACAACUGAGAACCAGCUCUGUGUCUGUUGGAGGUCUUCGUGCCACACCCUGUGCUGUGUUCUUUCACUGGUAAACUUCACUGUAUAGCUUGCACAUCUGAGUGAAGCCUGGCUUUCACUCCUCCCCAAAGAUGGACAGAACCUGCUUAUGCUAGCAAGGUGACAUCUUAGUUCUAGUCAGCCACUUCCCCGGAGACAGCUGGGAUGGCCACCCAAGCAGCAAAGCCAUGCCAGGACCCAGAGUAUUCUUAGUGACUGGGAGAUGUCCCUUCCCAGGUCCCUCCCUGUUGGUCUUCCAACUCGAAGAACAGAUAAGUUGUGACAAUACCUCUUGCUUCUAAAGAAUGUAUUCCUGUACAAUGCCACAGAUUUUCUUUUCUUAAAACACUACCUGAUUCUUUCCUUGUGCUAGGGAUUUAGGGCAUGCUGGGGUCUCCUGCUGUCAGUAUUAGGGUGUGCUCACCUGAGUGAGUGUCAGUCUGUCCAGUCUGUCAUCCACCUCCAGGCUGCAGCACUUUGAGGAGCUAGCUAGUGGUCGGGGGGGUUUUGCAAUCUUGGUUCAAGAUGUGCUCUGCCAAGUUCAUGUCUCCCCACACCUUCCCUCUCAAACUUUCUUUCUCUGCCACAAAGGUAUCUGUGAUUCUUUCCCAGCCCACUCCCCAACCCUAGCCCUGCAAACCAGCUGGAGAGAAUCAUUACCCCUGAGCGGGCGGUCCGGUUCUGCAUUGUGCACAUAGAGCCCCGGCUGAAGGGCAGCUCGCACAGAGUGCAGUGGUCUUAAGAAACACCCCGAGCCUUCCUGAAGAACCAGUGCAGACAUUCUUCUUUCAGGGUGCAAGGCCCCCGGGGCCUUUCCAGCUCCCUGACCCUAAGCAUACCUCAACACAGAACCCCGGGAUCUGUGCAGCACACCUGCAGUGCAGCGUGGUCUGCUGGCAUUGAGCAAGCAGCUGUUGCGGGAGAGUUGGGCUUCUAAGGCAGUGGACCCGAGCGUCCAUCAGGUGGCGACACUUCUUAGGAACCUAGGGCAGGAAGCAAUACUCCAGAAUUGAAUGUGUGUAAAUAGUCGCUUUGCAUUGCAAUGGUCCUUUCCUUCUUGGCCCCAGCUCAGAUCAGUUUUAUACAUCUGUAUGAUCAAGCACACACAAUUCUAUCCCACACAAAUGACCAUAGAGCAGUGGUUAUAAACCCCCAAACAGCUUGGCGAGCCCCACCGAUGUGCCACACCUGCGCAUGGCUCCCUCGGCCCUAACCACUCCUGGGACGGCACCUGCACAUUGCACGUGACACGGCCAGCCAAAGGCGGUGUGCGACCAUCACCUGGGCUGUAGUCACUUGUAGUUUCCAAAGAUACGUCUGCAUUUGAAUUUCUUGAUUUUCAAGGUAAGCAAUUUUUUUUUUUUGUUUUGGAUUGGUUGUUUUGGAAAUCGCAUCAUGCCUAGAACCUGAAAUUAUAUUAGCAAGAACCAAUUGUUUGUAUUUCCAUGUUUUCCUUUGCUCUGCUCUUUUUAAAUUGUUAAUUCUAAGAAUUUCAAAAUGCAUCCACUGAAAAAAAAGGAUAUUAAAAUGUUCUAAAACUUA